UAAUAAAGUGAAUACGCGAGAAGUGUACGAGAAGUCUGUUACGUGCCAAUACACUCGAAUGUGGGUGAGGGGAGGGCGACCGAUUUAAAUUCCCAUCAAAUCGAUUCAAAAAAACACCGGAGCCCACCUCGAGACUUACCUCCGCUGUCUACGGAGUUGGGGUUGCGGAGUAUUCAGACACACCGUCAUCGACCAAUCACCGAGUGCGUUAAGGUGGGGUAGAGAGGUGACGCGAGGGAUCCGAAGAUGACCGCAUUUGCCGUUCGCUCGACUCCUCGAGGAAUCGAGAUAGCUAAGUCGGCCGCCGACGAAACACGCGCGCCAGUCAACCGUUAGUGCGCGUGGGUCGGUUGCGCGCGGUGGUUGUUCGUGUGGUGGUUGAGAGUGGUCUCGUUGGUGGAAGUUCUUGCGGUUAAUAAAUAAAUAAAUAACAAUAGCUGCGAGACUCGCGUCGCGCGCGCGUUACGUGCACAAGAGAGAUGGCGAACCAAGACGACGUCGGCAUCGGCGACUUUGUGUUGCUGGACGAGAUCACCGUCGAGCGUGUAGUGGACAAUCUUAAGACGAGAUUUAAUGGGGGAAAGAUUUACACGUACAUCGGCGAAGUUUGCGUGAGUGUGAAUCCUUACAGAAGCACCAAUAUCUACGAUGCGCAGUACAUUAAUAAAUAUAAAGGCAGAGAACUGUUCGAAAAUCCGCCGCACAUCUUCGCGAUCGCCGAUGCGGUGCAUAAAGAGAUGAAGCAACAGGGCAGGGACACGUGCAUAGUGAUAAGCGGGGAAUCUGGAUCCGGAAAAACGGAAGCCAGCAAGAUCAUCAUGAAGUACAUCGCCGCCGUGACGAAUUUGAGCGGUCAACAAGAAAUCGAGAGGGUGAAGAACAUUCUGAUUCAAUCCAACUCGAUACUCGAAGCGUUCGGUAACGCCAAAACAAAUCGGAACGACAACUCGUCGCGAUUCGGAAAGUACAUGGACAUCAAUUUCGAUUUCAAGGGGGAUCCCGUAGGCGGCCACGUGACCAAUUAUCUUCUCGAGAAGUCGCGGGUGGUUUAUCAGCAGAAAGGCGAGCGCAACUUUCACUGCUUCUAUCAGUUACUGAGCGGCUGCAGCGAAGCCGAAUUGAACAAGCUGCGUCUGGUUCGCGACCCGGCCGCUUACUACUUCGUCGGAAAUGAGAACAACAAUAAAACCACCACUUCCGACCGAGGCGAUUACAAAACCGUCAACACCGCCAUGGCCACCCUCGGAUUCGCUUCGAACGAAACGCAGACCGUGUGGAACGUCGUCGCCGGUAUUCUGCACCUGGGUAACAUCACUUUUAGACUGAACGACGACAAGCUUCUGAUUGAAAACAAAAGUGCUUUGAACGACACAGCCAACUUGCUGUCCAUCAGUACGAAAGAAUUGAGCACCGCUCUAUCGCAGAGAGUCAUAGCGGCGGGCGGCGAGCUCAUGCAGAAGAAUCACACUCUGAUAGAAGCCGAGUACGGUCGAGACGCCUUGGCUAAGGCUGUGUACGAGCGAUUGUUCACAUGGAUAGUAUCGCGCGUCAACGGCUCGAUCAACGUUAACGACAGCGAUAACGUUAAGAGAUACGGAACGUUGAUCGGCGUGCUCGAUAUCUACGGUUUUGAAAUAUUUGACGCGAAUAGCUUCGAACAGUUUUGCAUCAAUUAUUGCAACGAAAAAUUGCAACAACUUUUUAUUGAAUUGGUUCUGAAACAAGAACAGGAGGAGUAUCAGCGUGAGGGAAUAGCCUGGCAAAAUAUUGAAUAUUUUAACAAUCAGAUCAUCUGCGACUUGGUCGAGCAAGCUCACAAAGGAAUGAUCGCGAUUAUGGACGAGGCCUGUCUCAACGUUGGGAAAGUCACAGACGAGAUGCUACUCGACGCGAUGGACAAGAAAUUAGCGGACCAUAAACACUAUAGUUCUCGACAAUUAAAGCCGAUGGAUAAAGAAUUGGAGCAUAGAACGGAGUUCAAGAUCAAGCACUACGCCGGCGACGUGAUUUACAACAUUAACGGUUUUCUCGAUAAGAACAAAGACACGCUCUUCCAAGACUUCAAACGUUUGCUGUACAACAGCAGUAAUUCAAUAAUUAGCAAAAUGUGGCCGGAGGGAGCGCAGAAUAUUUUAAAAACGACAAAAAGACCCUUAACCGCCGGUACGCUGUUCCGUAACUCCAUGAUCGCGCUGGUGAAGAAUCUGACGAGCAAAGAACCGUUUUACGUAAGAUGCAUUAAACCCAACGAGGUAAAAUCUCCCGUUGUGUUCGACGACGAGAGGGUUAAUCAUCAAGUGAGAUACUUGGGACUCGUGGAAAACAUAUUGGUCAGACGAGCUGGCUUUGUCUAUAGACAGCGAUACGACAGAUUUCUGAAACGAUACAAAAUGAUAUCGCAGUACACGUGGCCGAACUUCCGCGGUGGAAACGACAAGGAAGGAGUGCGCACCUUGAUGGAAGAGAAAGGUUUCUCGCAUGACGUUAAAUACGGUCACACAAAAAUAUUCAUUCGCUCGCCGCAGACUCUGUUUGCGUUGGAGAAGGCCCGCGGCGAUUUGAUACCGGGCAUCGUGACUUUGCUGCAAAAACAAUGGCGCGGAUACCUAUGUCGUCAAAGAUACAAGAAAAUGAAGGCCGCUUUGGUUCUGAUGGAGCAUUACAGAAGAUACAAAAGACGCGCUUACAUCGUCGAGCUCGAGCGUACGUUCAAAAACGUCAAGAAGAUGCGCGGUUACGGCAAGCACCUGCCGUGGCCGCGCGAAAAUUUUGCCAUACGACACGCGAUACCCGCUUUGAAGAACAUGUACGGAAGAUGGCGGGCGUGGAUGGUGCUCAAAGUGAUACCUCGGGAAGACUGGCCGCAGCUUCGUUUGAAGAUAGCAGCGGUUACCGUAUUGCGUUCGAAACGACCCUACUGGGGUCAGGACCGUCGUUGGGAGGGAAACUACUUGUCCAAAUCGGACGAGAAUCCGCAGAGCGAUAUUUUCAAUUCUUCGAUAAACAAUCUUCGUAACACGGAUCACUUCAAAACUGUUAUGUUCAGCGCAUUUAUUAAGAAGACAAACAGGUUCAACAAACCGGUGGAUCGCGUUCUGGUUGUGACGGAACACGCGGUGUACAAAUUGGACAAGGUGAAGUUUAAAAGCAUGAAGAAGGGCAUGCCGAUAGCGGAGAUAACCGGACUGAGCGUUUCGCCCGGAAAGGAUCAGCUUAUCACGAUUCAUUCGAAUCGCGGAAACGAUUUCGUUCUGUCAAUCAUCGCCAAGGACGAUAGAAUCGGAGAACUGGUCGGCAUACUGAGCAACCGAUACUAUCAACUGCGCGGCGCCGAUCUGCAUGUGACAAUAGACUCGAAGUUCAAAUGCAUGCUGGGCAACAAGAGCAAACUAUUGCGAAUCGAAACGGCGCCUGACGUGAGCGAGCCAACGUUCAAAAAAUCUGGCAACGAAAUCAUUUACGCGAUCCCGUCGUCGGUAAGUAUCAUCGACGGCGGUGUCAACACGAGACAACAAAUCCGUACGGCCAGUUAAAGUCUGACUGAAUUAUUCGACGCACUGUACCAUAUAAAAAUUAAGAAAAAUAACAGAUAUAUUUUGUAACAAUAUAUAUCUUUGAUACACACAUGUAUACAUAUAUAUAUGCUCUGCCAUAUGUUCUAAAACAAAAGUCAUUUAACAAAAAACAAAAAAACAAAAAAAACGCGAUUUCACGUCUGAGUGAAAGUAUUGUGACUUUUAAAAGUAUUAUAACUUUUUGCAUGAAUCAAGUAUUUUUCUCUUAACAAUUUUGGCACAAAGAGACUUAAGAAAUAUUUUUCAUUAAACAGUAAGCAGGUCAUGAACAUCAAAACUUUGAAGCCUUAUUAGUCGUGUGCCUACAUAAUAUUAAGUACGCUUUUUGUAUCGCGAGUACAAGAAAUUAAAGAUAUUUGCAUUUGCAGAGUGGAGUGAAGGGUAAUUACGUGCGAUAUGCCUUGCAUAAUUAUUAUCCGCGUAACGCGAAGCAAACAAUUAUAUUACUUUGUUAUCGGCCUUCUUGUCGCUGUAUUCUUCGACGUCGAUGUAAAUAUUGUAGUACCGUAAGCAUUGUUAAUACGUAGUGACGCCGAGGACAGGAAGCGAAUUUCACACAACAUGAAUUUCAGAACAGAGAACGACAGAGCGAAUACGUAAUUUAUGAAUAAAAAAGUACGACUUUAUUUUUCGCAAAGAGAAAUAAUGUUA